AGAGAGAGAUAUACAUAGAAGAAGAACAAAGAGAAAAAAAAAACAGAGCGCCAUUAUCGGAAGAAGUUGUGGUUGUUCCUUGAAAUCCGAUUCUGAUUCCUUCCAUUUGGAUCCGAUUCUAUCUCCACCUUCAAGCGACUCUCUUCUUCCUCUUAUUUCCGAAAAGAUUCUCUUUUUUUCUUUUUGUUUUGUGGAUGAGAUUCUGGAUAAACCAAUCAUCUAUCUAUUUCUGAAUAAUCUUAUAAGGACUCUCUGCUUUGAACUAAAGAUUCUUGGAGGCUCUUGUUUUUGUCUGAUUCUACAGUUUUGUUUUGUUCUGAGAGCUAUAAAGUUGAUUCCUUUGAAGCACCCUUGUGAAGAAUUCAGAGGUCAAAUCGAAAAGGGUUUUUUGUUCAAUUUGACAAUCCUGGCGAUAACUGAAUUGAAAAGGGUUCCAAAAGGUCCAUCACCUGAAAACAACGGUUUUGAUUGUGUUGGUGGUUUGGAGUGCCUGAUAAGUUUAUUCAGGGCCCUUGAUAUGGGGUCCUGCUUAUCAUCUGGGGGAGGAGGAGGAAGUAGUAGGACUAGGAGGAGAUCUCUCCAUGGUUCACCUCAUGUUCCUGGACCUGGGAGAAGGAGAAGGCCUCCCAAGAGGAGAUCAAGGUCUUGUAGUUCUUCUUUUGACAACACCGAGGAGCCACUUCUCCAUAGGAUCCCUGGAAGGUUGUUCUUGAAUGGCUCUACCGACACCGCCUCUCUCUUCUCUCAACAGGGCAAGAAAGGCCCUAAUCAGGACGCCAUGAUUGUCUGGGAGAAUUUUGGGUCUAUGGCGGACACAAUUUUUUGUGGUGUUUUUGAUGGGCAUGGUCCAUAUGGUCACAUUGCUGCAAAGAGAGUGAGAGAUUUGCUUCCACUCAAGUUAGGCUCACACUUGGAGUCUUAUGUGUCUUGUGAGGAGGUUCUUAAAGAGAUCAGCCUCAACAGUGGUGAUAGAAAGAUCUCGGAAAACCUUGUACAUAUAUCUGCCAAUGGAGAAUCCCGAGUCUACAAUAAGGAUUACGUAAAGGAUCAAGAUAUGGUUCAAACACUAAUAGGCUCAAUUGUUAAAGCCUACAGAUUCAUGGAUAAGGAAUUGAAGAUGCAAGUGGAUGUUGAUUGUUUUUGCAGUGGAACUACUGCUGUAACCAUGGUCAAGCAGGGUCAACAUCUUGUUAUCGGAAAUAUUGGGGAUUCAAGAGCAGUACUGGGUACAAGGAACAAAGAAAAUAAACUUGUUCCUUUUCAACUAACUGAAGAUCUCAAACCAGAUGUUCCAGCGGAAGCAGAAAGGAUAAAGAGAUGCAAAGGACGUAUAUUUGCUCUUCGAGAUGAACCGGGGGUUGCCCGUCUGUGGCUUCCUAACCACAACUCACCUGGUCUCGCCAUGGCACGUGCUUUCGGAGAUUUUUGCCUGAAAGACUUUGGUCUCAUUUCUGUACCUGACGUUUCAUACCGACGCCUCACCGAGAAGGAUGAGUUUGUUGUCUUGGCAACUGAUGGGAUUUGGGAUGCAUUGACGAAUGAAGAGGUUGUAGAGAUUGUAGCCAAAGCUCCAACACGUUCCUCAGCAGGUAGAGCCUUGGUGGAGGCUGCAGUGAGGAAUUGGAGAUGGAAGUUUCCAACUUCGAAAGUCGAUGACUGUGCCGUGGUUUGCCUCUUCCUUGACUCCGAACCAAACAGUUUGUCAACUGCUUCCUUCUCAAAGGAAAAACACAUCAGCAAUGGCGUUACUGGACCGGAACGAGACACAGCAUCAACAUCAACUCCAGACUCAGGAACCGGAUCGCCUGAGCUCAAUGGAGUCAACAGAAUCGACACACUUGUGAAUCUCCCAGUAUAUGUCCCGACCAAAGAGUAGGAAGAUAGAAAAGAGGCCGGAGCUCAAUAUCUCCUAUCCUCUUAUGUUUCUGUCAACACUUACUGUUUUGGUUAUUUCAAUUGGGUAAAUUAGUGUUACACGCCCGCUUGUGUGUGGCUGAUUGUACAUAUCUUCUCUUCCAAAUCGUUGUAAUACUUUUUGCUGCAAUCUCUUCUUUCCUUUGUUAAUAAAGUUUCUGAUGCUGCAUUUGAGUUUUUUGGCAGCAGUUAUUUGAGAAUU